AUACCCGACUUGGCGUUUGUUAUUGUCUGAAUGUGACAAGGUGACAACUGUUGAUUUGACUUGAACAUUAUCGUUUCCUUUCUUUUUCCUAAUUGAUUCUAUACUUUAAAAUGUCGUCUGAUUGUGUGUACUGUGAAUUAGAAUUAGUAAUUGAUAGAGAUAAUUUAAUCAGUGGUGCCUUAAAAGUGGUUAACCAGCUAAGGAAAAACUGGUUAUUUGACAGAUUGAAAUUCAAGACUUUCACAGGUGGAAUAACAAAUCAGUUGAUUGGAGUUCAUCAUAAUGGUGACCAGUCUGACACGAUACUAAUUCGUGUGUAUGGAGUAAACACUGAACAUAUUAUAGAUCACAGAAAUGAAAUAAGAAUACUUCAGUUUCUUAACACUUCAGGUUUUGGUUCCAGAAUUUAUGCUACUUUUACCAAUGGAUAUGCCUAUCAGUACUUGUUGGGAAGAACUUUAGAUGAGCAAUCCUGCUAUGAUCCAAUGAUUUAUCCAUUGGUUGCAGCAAAAAUGGCUCAUCUACAUCUGCAAAUGACAAAGUACAAACAAAUUUCAGGUGUAGAAGAUAAAUCUGUGCUUUGGGAUAAAAUAAAUUCCUUUAUAGCUUUGUCUGGUGACACUUGUAAUGAAGGUAAAUCAGAAGAGCAAAGAAAUUUACCAUCAAAAGCCAAAUUGACCCAAGAGUUGGAAUGGUUGAUGGCUCAUUUGGAGAAAUUUGAGAGUCCACUGGUGUUGUGCCACAAUGACCUACUGUUGGGCAACAUAAUUUAUGAUGAGAGGUCCAAUGUUGUACACUUUAUUGAUUUUGAAUAUGCAGGACCAAAUUAUCAAGCGUACGACAUAGCGAAUCUCUUUAAUGAGUUUUCGGGUGAAAAUCAAUGGGCAUCAUAUCCCGACGAGAAUUUUCGACGUGAUUGGGUUCAGUCUUACCUGAAGGUCUUUGACAAUUGCCAAGACGUAGGCGAAUCUAAAUUGAAACAAAUGCUAUACGAAAUUGAACAUUUCCGUCUCGCUAGCCAUUUCUUCUGUGGGACAUGGGCUGCAUACCAAGCAACACAUUCCAAGUUGGAUUUCGACUUCAUAAGCUAUUCCAAUUUACGACUCCAAGAAUAUUACCGAGUAAAAAGUGCGCUACUGCCUUCUACCCCGCUAGACUAAUUGUGCAGCAGGUGAACCGUAUAGUAAAAACUUAGAAUAAUUUUAAUUUUGUUAUCUCAAUUCAAUAAUCCUUACUCUCCUUUUACACUUAUACUCUACUUGAAAUACUCCGCUCUAUGCUGCCAUAAGGAUCUUUAUCCUCUCUUUUGCUUUUGGGUUUACAGUAAAAUUGUUCGCUCCUUAAGUGUUCUUAAUACUGGCAAAGUAGUUUUAGCGUAGUGACGUUAUUUUUAAAAACUACUAAAACCGUGAGUCCCUUCAAGGCCGACUCAAUUGUGCUCAACAUUUAAAAAAUUUCAAUUUUACAUUGAUAUACUCUAUGCAUAUCCAUUUAAACCAGGCAAUUAACAUUUAAUUACGAUAUUUCCAAAACUUUUUGUUUCGCACAAUAUAGUUUACGUCUCAUUCUGUACCACUCCGAUCUGAAAUUAAAUCUGAUAUCAAUCAUAUAAAAAGCAGAGAAUAAUUGUAACAAUUGAAACUAUUAAAUGUGCAUUUCAAAUAUAUUAUAUUAUAGCUCUGAA